GCCAUAGAUUCGAUUCAUUCGCGAAUCUGUCGCGAAGUCGGACACUUGCUUGUUCUGUUGAUUUUCUAGGGUCUCUGGUUGACUGGCAGUGGGAGCUAGUCAGCAAUCCAGAUUGAGUUUUGACCACGGUCUAGAUGUCCUUCAGAGCCAGUGCAUUUGGUCUGCGUUCCUGUAGUUUUCGAUAGAUUUAUCUGCAUCCUGCUUAGAUUAGUGGGAAUUUAUUGAAACGGUCGUGUUCCGUGUGCAUCGCAGAGUAUAUAGUGAGUGCCGUCCGUUCUAAGACUCUUACUCAGUGCAUUGUUUACGGCAGGUUUUGGAAGCAAUUGAUUAGUUGCGGUAGCUGGUCCUCCUCCAAAAACUCGUUAUUGUGGGUUGCCUUGUGAAGUACGACAAAUAUUUAAUCUGCUCACGCCGGGAGUCAUGUGCAUGUGUCGUAAUUCCUUUCAGUUGAGAUUGCGAACAGUCGCUGAGGGUUCCGCAGAACAGUUAACCCGGGUCAAGAACGAGCCGAGUGAGUAAGUUUCCCUGCAACAGAUGAUUGUAGACAUUCAACCGGAAUGAUUGGUUGCCGAUUCCGUUCGGUUAGGUGGAACUACGUUGCGGUGAUUACGGGGAGCUCUAGUGCGGACCGACUUAUCAGUGUUUGAUUUCGGAUUACAUGAACGGACGCAACAAAUAGAUUGGAAGUUGUAGAGCCAACUUACUGCACUCGAGGUGGAAAUAUUGAACUUUCCAUUCGUGCUCGAUGAAUGAGGGAAAUUCAUGGGAAGUAGACAGUCGCUGUUCAUCAGGUUUGCAAAGAGCGGUCCCUUGGAGUGAUAUACUCGGGAAAAAACAGAAAUUUUUCCAUCGAUAUUUAAUGAAGAAGCAUGCGUGGAACUGUUCUUGAGAUUGGAUUGUGUUAUUAUGGGUCGCAGUUUAUAAACAAAAAUCAUCAAGGACUCGUCGAAGCCUAGGAGAACUACUGGAACAAUGAGCUAAAACUGUAUCACAAUUCAGGACUGCUUCUGAUAAAAUCGUGACUUUAUCAAAUGGCGUGGGAGUGCUACUGAAAUAAUCAAGGAAUAAAACGAAAUGAAAUUAUAAAUAAAAAGAUCUCAAGCUAGCAACGCUCGAAGAACCGAAAUAAACUACAAACCAUUGCACAAGAAAAGUCCCAUCUGUAAAAGAUACUCUUACGCUCUCCCCGUCUAAUCCGAAGAGAAUCGUUAAAAUUAUUUUUGAUUUUCUGAAUUUCUUUUUCCAUACUUUUUUUUGACAGAAUUGUGUUCAGUGUUUUCGGUAUUUUUAAAUAAAGUUCGGGGAUGUUUCCGUCAUAAAAUUUGAAUCGUUGUGUAGUUGUCCUCCGCUACUAGAGCAACAGUAAAUGAAGGCAAGCGCGCAUCAUAAUAGAGUGUCCCAUGGCGAAUAGAAAGUGUAACUUUGCAACGACAGGGCGGAGGUGAUUUCGCCUUUUAAUCAGUAGAAUUGUGACGAACCCUCGAAGGAAGGUAGAACUAUGCAAAAUCGCGAAAAGGAUACUCGAAAUGUUAGCCCCAAAAGUGCAAGUAACAAGAGGACGAGUUCUCCUUUGGAAUACAACACAAGGAUAACGCGACCGUGUCUAUCACAACCCGCACCCUCACUGGGCGGUGUACCUUAUUGGUCACUUGCACCGAGAGAUCUAUCUGUUGCCUCGUCUGUCAGUGGCCUACCAGCCCCUCCUUUCAGUGCUAGUGCAAUUCUAACCGAUAUCGGGAUAUGUGUUCGGAUGCAGAAUGUUCAUUUGACGAAUGUCCAUUCGCAACGUGGUCUCUCAACAAUGCCACUACCCUUGACCCAAGCAUCGCCUAAGAAACAACUUAACAGUUGCCACCUAAACCCUCAUGCUCUUCUUAACGCGAACACAAAUAGCAAAAUGAUAAUUAAUAACAAUCAGAAUUUAAGCUGUGAUAUUAUACCGAGCUGUUGUAAUUUUAGUAAAUUCCAAAAAGUCAGCGACAUAAUUACGAACGGUGAAAAGUUCACUGUCAGUGAUUUUAGCACUAAACAAAAACCACCAGAAAAUAACGUAAACGGAUUAGAAAACGAACGUGUUCCUAAUAACGUUGAAAUGAGCAGAAAUCAUAGUAGUAAAAACAUUCCGUGUGGAUCCGUAAAACAAGCAAUUGCACCCUUGCAACAGUCAGAUACUCCACUGCCACGAAAUUCCAUUAGCAAGUGUAAGAUGGAUGAUGAUUCGACAAUCGCGAUAUCGCGACAAUCAGCAGCAAUAACAUCUCCCGUUCAUCAGAAAAAUCAAUUACAAAACAACCACUGUCUCAAUCAAAAGGAGCAGCAAAAUAUUGAAACUGUACCGUCGCCGAAACCUUGUAAGGAUACCCAAGGAGAUCGACGGGAAAAUAUCGACACAAUUGCUACACCGCCCCCGAAAAAGAAAUGGAUUCGUCACUAUAUGAUGGCAGAAGAGCCAUGUAGAAAUGGUGAGCAUCCACUUGCGUCACAACCACCUUCCUCCUAUCUAUUGAUCUCGGCCAAGAAUGAAAACGGCACUGCGUCAGGCGCUGUGACCAGCACUCAGCUCAGUGAUCAAGUCAAUAGUAAUAGCAAAGCUGAAAAUUGUGAUCCAUUUUUGCAUCAUUGCAACAAUAAAAUCAACAACGCUAACAACAAAACCGAGAUCGGCAGCAAAUGCAGGCCUGCAGAUCAGGUGCUGCCAUCUCUGCAGCCGACGUCGUCACCGCCGUCAGCGUUGAACGCUGCGUAUCCCCCGGGAUCGAGUAGACUACUAGUAACCCCAUCGUCCCGAUCCCCACUUCCAUACACACCACCAUCCAAAAUAAAGAAAAUCACCCCGUUAACGCCACCACCAACGUCUAGUAGAAAAUUAGUAGAAAUAACGCGAACACGAAGCUCAUCACUUUCUUCAACGAACUUUACAGCUAACGUGGGAAGUGGCGCAGUCUCCUUAGCGCCUGUAACGGGGGCCACCCACCAGACACCAAUGGGACUAUCAACCGUGGUAGCAGCUGGAACGGCCGCGACCGCAGCGGAAGGAGCAACCGCGGUGGCGGCCACGUCGCUUCUGCACAGCAGGAUUGUGGCCAACGGCGGAGGCGGUGGAAAUGUCCUUGCGAAUUCGGGAACAGAGGAUUCAUCUCAGUCUAGCCUUAAUUUAUCAUCGAGCGGUUAUCUAAGUGGCAGUAGUGCAAAUUCCAGUGUCGGCGUAUCGUCGUCAUCUUCAAAUUUAAACAUAAGCAAUUCAUCAACGUCGUCCCUGACGCCGGCGACGGUCGCAGGACUUGGCAAUUUGAAUGGGAACGGAGCAAAUGAGCAUCAAUUGCCAGGACAGGCGGCAGCAACAACAGGACGAAGACGGACGACCAGCACGAACAGUAGUGGUGGUAAACAACGUAGCCCAUGCAUUCUUAGAGCAGGCACCCGUGAGGUACACAACAAGCUGGAGAAACAUCGUCGAGCGCAUCUGAAGGAAUGCUUCGAACAGCUCAAGGUCCAAUUACAACUACACGAUGAGGAACGGAAGAAGACAUCGAAUCUAGCAAUUCUCGGAGCUGCCUACCGUCAUGUAAUGAGCUUGAAGAAAAAGGGACGAGAACUGGAACAACAAGUGGAACAAUUAGCCAAGGAAAAAAUCAAUUAUCAGAAGAGGAUAUUGAAUCUAAAGCGAGAAUUAUCCGCCAGGCAUGAUUUCGAUUUCUCUAGUGUACCAUCAGAUAGUGAAAUGAUGCAAGGAGAAAGAGAUAGCUUAAGUGAUACUCUGUCAUCAGCACGUGGUAGUGCGACCAGAUACAGCUCAUCAAGCUCACUUUCGAGUGCCACAACAGUGCCGUCACCGUCAGGUUCGGGAUCUGGCAACAUGACACAGUCUGGCCUGACAACACGUGCGAUAUCUCCUCAAGUGUCAAUGCCUACGUCGUUGUCAACAAUAACGACACUACAUACACCACCGAGCCCAUCAAAUCACCCACAUCAUAUUCAUCAGCAGCAAAUGUCGAAAUCAAUGAAUCCUGAUACCAUCAUUGGAAACUCUGUGCCUCUUUCCUUAACAACAAAACAAAUGCCACGCAGCUCACCAACACCUUCAACACCGUCGCCAUCAUCAUCAUCGAUGAACGGUAUCCCACCAUCAUCGCCGAAUGUUUCAUCAUCCGGAUCGCCUUCAUCGAUAUCGAUGUCGUCCCUAUCAACAUCCCCACCGAUUAUUAUACCACAAUCGCCACUAGGAGGGACAUUGGGAGGGUCUGCAACUUCACCAGCGCCAGUUCCAAUUAGUCUUAAAAUUACAAACGUUCCAAAUGGUGUUAAGGUGCCUCAAACGGCGUCAAUCAUAUCGUCCUUGUCGACAUCAUCUCAACACAUCCCACCGUCAUCUUCACCGUUGUUCUCCUCGUCUGCAUCGAAUCUAACAAUUAUCUCAUCGACAACAAACAAUUCGUUAGGUUCGUCCCUAGCAUCUAUGACAGUCGCUCCGGUAGCGACUUCAUCGCCACCAGUUCUCAAUUACACAACAAGUGAAAACAGUAUUUUAUCUGCAACGCCAUUGACAACUGCAACCACCAUUAAUUCGGGAAUGCCAUUGAAUUUGAAUGCUUCAGCUUCCCUACCGCACGUACAAAUAGUUCAUGCCGGUAAAAAUGGCAUUUGUCGGAAGCCGAACGACUUUCACGAACCGUCAAUAAUCUCCGCGUCAAUAGUAGCGACCCAACAGCCACAGCAUCAAUCACAUUCGUCCGUAUCAGGCGUUUCAGCGUCGCAAAUUAUAGUAACUAACAAUGCAUCGACCGCUACUACGAUCACAACCAAAGAAAAAAUAUCAGAAAGCGGAGAACAACAUGGAACAAAGUGCAUCAAUCUGGUUAACAGUAUCCCUCUGACAUCUCUGGAUCAAGCGACGCUUUCCUCGUCAGUAAUUUUCCCAAUGCUUUCUGAUUUCAACAGCCAGAGCAUCCGGUUUCCUCCAAGAAUUGCAUUUGAAGUACAACAACAACCAAGAAAUCCACCUACAUCAACGGCCAGGUUAUUGGUUGGUGCAGCGACCGCGGUCAGUACACCAUCAAGAACAGGUCCUGGUGUUGGAUCGGCGGUUGUCAACUCGACAGAGUCGGCUCGAUUGCCCGGUGGUGCUGAAGUAAACAUUCUACCGCCCAAUGGGAAAAUGGCUCUUCUGAAUAAUGGAAUUGCUUUGAAAGGUGCCGACGGAGUAGGUACAAACGGACGCGCGGUACAUGUUGUGACUCCUAUACAGCCACGUAUACCAAUUGUUGUUUCUCAAACACAUUUGGCACAAUUACCCAAUGUUAACUUAACGGUUGCUGGAAGACAACUGCCUAUGAUCAAUACUCAGUACCUAAACUCAAUGGAACCACCGGUGGUUGUAGCCGUAACCAAUAACCAGACGGCAUCCACCCUGUCAUCAGUCCCGAACACAGCGACUUCGGUUGCAGUAGCAACUGCAACGGCCAAUGGAGGUGUUUCAUAGAAAACAGGACAUCCGUACACCGCAUAUUACGUGUAAAAUACAAAAUCAACCACAAUACAAUAACAGUAACCUAGAACAGAAUCAAACGAUAAUAGAAAGCAAAAUACAGUCUACUGUCUCUAUCUACAAAGCAAGAAAUUACUCUAAAACUUUAACUUAGUAAGGAUCGAAAGUAUGAACAUAAAUUUUAAUCUAAAGAGAAAUGUAUAAAAGUAAGAAGAACAUUGAAGUAAUUGCAAUUAACAAGUAUAAAAGAAACCUAAACCUAGCGAAGGAACCUAGAAAUAAACGGGAAGUAAGAAGUAACGAUAGUUUUGCAGAGUCUUUUGCGCAGGGAACCUGUGAAAUCAUGAGAACAUGAGAACAUGUAUAUAAUACAAAAAGGAAUACGUGGAAACAAUUAGCUUGUAAGUGAAACCAAGAAUGUACGUAUGUAGUUGUGAGGCAUUUUAGAAUGAAAAGAAAGUCCGUCGAGUGUGCCCUGCGUCCCCGCCGUUGCAGCAACCAAGGGGCGCGCACACCAAGUUAAAACAAGACACUCUGAAACGAAGUGAAACCAGAGGUAACUAAGCAAAGGCAGAGAAUCGAACUCGGAUACAUAUUUUUAAAAAAAUGUAUUUUUUAAUAGUUGAAGUAAAAGGCAAAGCAGAAAUUACAUUACUUUUAGAUAUUUUUCCAAGCAGAUGCAUGAAGCGAAGGAGGAUCGCCCGGAGAAGCACCGGGAGACCGCUCCCUCGCAGAUCCAGGCGCAGAAAUCAUGCAAAUGGUGGAGUCUGAACAUUGGGUUUAAUGUGGGAACUAUUGCGAACGUAUCUAAUGAUGGUCACUUGCGAAUACGAGGCGAGAAUAUGAUUAAACACAAAAACAAAACUAAUGAAUUAAAUAAUAUUAAAGGAUAGAGUAGGAUGGAAUAUGCAUUUCUAAAUAUCGUGUACAUAGAACCAGGGUCCGAAACUGCUGAGAAUAUUCGUCUAGCGUUGAAAAAAACAAGCAAAAGUGAAAAAUUCUAAACACAUUUUAUCUGUAUCUUCUAAAAUUCAUUUUUGUUUCCACCUCAAUCAAAGCCCACACAUUUAUACGUUUUGACUGUCCUUCUCCUUCCGCUAGGAGAAGGACGACUGUAGAUUCUUUGUGGGGACGCGUUUCUAAAUUAAAUUUUUGACUGGAAAAACGCAAACGCGUAGGAAUCGUUGUAAAUAUUUAUCUAUUUUGUAUUAUUUGUAAUUUAUAUUGAGAAAAGGUCCCAGAGAUGUGAACCGUAUCGAAUGGAAUAUGAAGGAAAAGCAUGGUUAACAUACGAUGGAGGAAAUCCUUUGAGGAAAUGUCGGUUGAGUGGAGAGGAAAAGGAACGGAUGAGGGGAGCAAAACCUUUAAUUUACCAAGCAAACGUGGGACUGGUUUGGUAUUUAUUGCAACAUAUCUUUGUGUUUUUAUAUUUUGAAAUAUAUUUUCGUUACGUUUUGAGAUCUCUAUUUGGAUGUGGCUGGAAAACUCUUGACUCUCACCGGGUGGAGUAGAUUCAACCCACCCCUUUGCCUAUAUAUCUGAAUAUCGAAAAUAUCUCUUUUAAAAAUAAUAUGAAUUUCGGUUUUUCGUAUUUACGGGUUCCUAAAGAGUUGAACCUUGAGUUUGCCACUACUGCCCUUCCACUAACUUAUCGGUCCAUUCUUCCCUGCCCAACAACGAUUUCCUCCCGAAAAUUUAGCGAUGUCGUCCUCUAAGUAUAGAACAUUCAAAAGUUGUUACUGGAUAUGCAUAAUUAUCACAAGAACGCUUUCUAAAGAGCAGAAAUGAUUUUGGAUAGCAUGAAGAUGGUUGCGUACCACACCAAUGUAAAAAAGUUUAAUUUUAAAUUCUUUUCUUUUCCUUCUUCCUUUGUUAUAACAUUUACCUUGUAUUAUUAAUGCAUAAUAUUGUAUUUUAUUUAUUUUCUAGGAAGAAAGUUUGUUUAUAUAUUAUAAAUAUGUAAAAGUGAAACUGAAAUUAGGAGGGGAGGUGACGAAAUAAAAAAAACAUAAUAAAAUGAAGAGAAAAAACACAAAGGCAAAAAUAUUAAGAUGUUUAGGAAGUAUGUAUAUGAUAAAUGAUGUAAUAAAUAUGCGUAUGCAGAAUAGAGUUACACAUACACACAACAAAACACAACUGUAUAUAUAUAUGUACGAUGUACGUAUAUAGAGACACCUACACCUAUUAUUAUAUAUGUUUAUAUACAAAAUAGACUUUUUAUUUUUAAAAAUAUACAAUAAUAAUAUUUAUUUAAAAUCG